AUAUUGGGACUCGACCAGUCCACUUUCACAUCAUGGAAGUCAGCUCCGGUGCCGCUGACGUUGAGCCGGACCAGCCAGCUGCCACCGCCCCCACAGGCGAGCGGCACAGGCUCCACGUCUUGUCUAAGCAGCUGGCGGCUGUGGAUCCGUCCUGUCUUCUGCGUCAUCUACGGACUCUGUGUUUUCACCGCUAUCCCGCUGAUCAUAGUUGAUGUGAUCCACGAGGCGCAAGGGGAUCAGCGUUUGUUGGUUAUUCUGUCAGGGGUAGCUUUUUUCGCUGUGAUCAUCUGUAUCUUCAUUUCGGUGUUGGGGAUCACAAACCACAUCGUAUGUUAUACACGCCCACCGCUGCAGAAACGCAUUAUCAGAAUUCUCUUGAUUGUGCCCAUCUACGGGCUAAAUAGCUGGUUCGCACUCCGUUUCCCAGCCUCUAACAUCUACCUCGACACCUUACGUGAGUUUUACCAGGCCUAUGUCAUCUAUAAUUUCGUACUUUACCUGCUGGCCUUUUUCGAGGAGGUGCCCAACUUCGACAAUCGACUAACCAUGAAACCGCAGAUCAAGGCGCCGUGCCCCGCCUGCUGUGUCGUGGUGUACCCGAGCCAGAGUGUUAUCCGGCGAUGCAAGAGAGGUAUUGUCAUCUACAUGAUCAUCCGAAUUGUGUGCACCGUGGUCUCCUUAAUUACAUAUUUUACCAACACGUUCAACGAAGGGAACUACACACCUAAGGAUGCCUCGCUGUGGGUGACGGUCAUUUUAACCACUGCUCAGCUAUGGGCCACAUACUGCCUAAUACUACUCCGCAAAUCCACCUUUGACGAGCUACAGAUGCUGCCCAAAUCCACUUGGCAGUUUAUCGGUGUCAAGUUGACCGUCUUCGUCGACAACUUCCAGUCGGUCUUUCUGCAUUUCUUGGCCAACGUGGGAGCGAUCAAACCCACAUCGGAUUGGGGCUUUAUCCACGACGGAACGGCUUUUGCUACCAUGUUGCAGGAUUUUCUGAUUUGCAUCGAGUUGGUCUUUGUCGCAGUCUUGUUCUAUUACUGCUUCGACUACCAGCGCUACAACGUAGACGGCCACACCAGACUGAGCAUUGCCCAGUCAUUCAAGCAAAUUCUGGGCUUGUCCCGGGCGACAUCCAUUCAAACAGGUCAACUAGGACCCGAAAGUAGAUAUUCAAACCAAGAGGGCAUUGAGCAGUCUCCAGGGAACUCUACAGAAGGUGAGGAGGAGGCCCCAUCAAGGAAGGAAGAUGCUGAAGUCCCGCGCAGGAGGAAGACAGGGCACCAGUACAUCUCCAUGCCAGACAUCAUCCUGAACCACAUGGAGGAAUCCAACCAGCUUGACCGGAUUCACCAUCCCAGUAACCAACUCGGAGGCGACCAGUGUCGAGAUGACGACGAUUCGAAUCAAGAUGGCGGAAUUGGAAAUCCCGGGUUUGAAACAGAGGUGAAUCCAAAGGAAUUGGAAGCAACCCCCCCAAACGACGACCAGUCUAGAGACGAUAUCAGCUGUGACACAGAUGACUCUCUUGAUGAUGAAUUUCCGACAGAUGAUGACAAUGACAGUGACAAUGACCUGCCCAUUGAUGGGAGGUUAGAUGCGCCGCCACAAAGGAGGCGAGUGAAAAAGGUCAGCUAUGCAGGCAUGACCUUCGACGAUCUAGACGUGAACAAACUGAAAGAUCCUUCCCAGAAUACCCCCGUGGCAACUAGUAAGAAGCGAGCAAAGAAGGUCAGCUAUGCCGGCAUGACGUUUGAGGACAUGGACUGGGAACAGAUUAAGAGUCAUCGGUCUCCCACGAUGGACUCGGAAAUGGCGCACACUGUGACGAGCAUUAUGGAGGAAAAUGAGAAGCGUCGCGCGGAGGGCAAACAGGGCGAAGAAGGUUUCGGGAGCUCUGAUGCCUAAAAACUCUCUUUCCUUCGAACAGAUGAAGUUUGUCUCCUUGUGUGAAAAUUAUUUACAUCUGUCUCUAAACAAAGAGGCUGUAAGUGUGGGUGCAGCUCACACACACACACACACGCUGGUCUUUUAUGAAUAUUAAAGACUUAUGACCCAUUCAGUUUGAAGAAAACAGAGGGGAACAAAAUAUGGCAGCGCAAGAAUUUCUUGAUGUCAGCACCUGCCUCCUGCUUGUACUGUGCAUCAUGUUUGAACUGUUUAUCUCUUUUGGUAUCAUGACCUUCAUCAUGCAGAUUUAAUCCCAACUCUGAUCGGUUCCACUGUUGAUGCUAACUGCUGAUUGGUCUGAAGAUUUUUGUUUUGGUCUACUUACACUUAUACGAUUGAAGAAGGUAUUGGUAGAUGUAUUCUGAGAAAAACUUUCAAUACUACGAUUUUUCACAUGUACCCGAGUUUGUUGAAGUUGGACUAAUUUAACAAAUUCACUUCAUGUUUAAAUAAAACACCAAUAGUUUUAAAAAAAUAAAUUCAAAUAUGCAGCAUUCGUUUUCAUCACCAUUAAAACAUAAGAAUCACAGGAAAAUUUAAACCGCAAAACAUGAGCUGUAAAGGUUAUAUGCCAAUAUCUCUACAUAUGACAACAUUUAAUGCUUUUGAUUCUUUGUUAUUUACAUAACAUUUAAGUUAACACACUCUUUUAAAAAGGCAACAUUGUGUUACAGUUUUCAAAGUUUGGUGAUAUGGCAUUGCAGAUGUGAUACAGGAGACAAAAAUCUAUUUCACUGAAAAAUAUAUCUUAUUUUUUCCACUGAGUAAUUUGCAUAUUAUUUUGGGUAUUAACGUGAGAAAUACAAUCCCCUACAAUUAUACUCUAGGUGACACAGCAUAAAAUCUAUGUGAUUCCAUUUCAUAAUCCCUACUUGGAAAUAUAAGAUAUCUGCAUUCUCACACACACAAGCCCUUUUCACAUACUGACCCUUAUACCCACUUCACUACCAACUCCACAUAUCUGUGGAGUUUUACACUGAAAUAUACCCCUAUUUUUACAAUGACCAGAGAGACCAGACUCAUCAACAAUUCUAGUUGUACUACUUGAACUGUGAACUUUGAGAUAAUAUUUAAAAAAGGACAGAGGUGAAACUAAGAGAGACAUGUAAUAUUACUAACAAGAUUCUAGUAAGAUCAAUGGUGCCUAUAGCUCUAUUGCUGCUAACUGGCUUGUUGUUUCUUGCAUUUGAGUCCAAAAGUACAAAUACAUGAAUAUGAUUUCUUGAUGUUACUUCAAUAUCUGCCUGUUGAAAGAUAACGAGAUAUUUCAAUGAGAAAACAUUGAAACAGAAACCUAAUUCAUAUGUGUGUGAUGGCAUUAUGGUACAUGAUGCAAGUGUCAUCUGGUACAUAUAACAUCAAAACUUGUCAAGUACUGCCAAUUUUGAUUUAUUUAUAUAGUGUUAGUUCUGAUAAAAAAAAUGGGCGGGAUUCACACUAUACUCCUCACCUUUUUAAAAAAUAGAUACACAAUCCAUUUUUUU